GAUCAAAGCGCACAACAGUAAUGGGGGCGAAAGAGUUUAGUAACACAAUGCAUGGUGGGAGAUGAUAUUGAUGUCAUAUCCCUGUUUAACAUGGAUCCCUGGUUUCACUGCGGCAGGCGGGGCAUGGCCAUGCUUCUGUUGCUGUACUGUUAUAUUGUCGUCUAGGUGUCAAUGUGGGUAAUGGGAAUUCCAGUAAGAAUGGCUCUUCAUACUUACAGAUAUAAAGAACCUCCUUGUUUACACUGCCACUUUGUGAUAUUUAUUUAUAUUUUAUGUAUUUCAAUUCUAUUUCUAUUUUUAUUCAUUUUUUCUGUGUUGUUAAUACUCCUGAAUAGACAUUCAAUCCAAAUGGAUCUAAGAGCUAAACACAGUCUGGGUCUUCUGGACCAGCUGAGGAAGAUGAGGGAGACAGAGAAGCUGACAGAUGUGGUGUUAGUGGCUGAGGGCAUCAGCUUCCCCUGCCACCGUGUGGUCCUCUCAGCUUUCAGCCCUUACUUCCGGGUUAUGUUCACCUGCGGCCUGCGGGAGUGUAGUACUAGGGAAGUGUUUUUGCGUGACACCCCAGCCGAUAGCCUGGGUCUAUUGUUAAACUACAUGUAUUGUUCUGAGCUCCCGCUCAACAACGCCAAUGUACAGGGGGUCUCGGUCGCUGCCUUCCUCCUGCAGAUGGACGAGGUGUUCAACCACUGCCAGAGCCACAUGAGGGAGAACAUGGACGCCUCCAACUGCCUCGGGGUGUACUACUUUUCCCGCGACCUGGGAGCCGAGGAGCUGGCCGACCAUGCCCAGAGAUACCUGCGGACGCACUUCGUUCAGGUGUGUAUGAGCGAGGAGAUUCUGGAACUAGAGGCCCACCAACUGGGGGCGCUGCUGAGCUCUGACGACCUCAACGUGUCGCGGGAGGAGACCAUCCUGGACGUGGUGCUGCGCUGGGUCAGGCAGGACACUCCGGGGGAUGGGAUGGAGGACAGGCGGAGUAGACACCUGGUUGAGCUCCUGAGGAAGGUGCGUUUCGCCUUGGUGGCCCCUGACUACUUGAGGGAGGCUAUGAAGAGGAAUAUGUCUCUGUUGGCGGAUGCAGAGUGUCUGGAGAUGAUGGAGGAGGCACUGGAGGCCACAGGGAUGCAUCCGGCCUCCUCACCCCGUAAACUGAAGCUCCGCUAUGGGAUGGAGACCACGGAUCUGCUGCUCUGCAUCGGCAACGAGGGUGGAGGGAUCCGAUCACGGUAUGGAAAUUAUUCGGAACGUAGCUUCUGCUACGCUCCCUCCACGGGCCGCACCCACUACAUCACGUCCCCACGCUACGGAGACGUUCUGGGAUUCGUGUGUGCAGGGGUCGUCACCGAAGGCAACGAGAUUGUGGUGGCCGGGGAGGCAGGGGUGAGGAAAAUGGCCAGGCAGACGAACAGGAAUGUGGAGAUAUUCAGGCACAGGGUGGAGGCCCAGGGAACCUGGGAGCACCUGAGCUCAGCAGAGUACCGAGACUCGUACGCUCUGGGGGCGCUGGGUGAUACUAUUUACCUGCUGGGAGGCCAGAUGAAGCUGAAGAACCAGUACCUCAUCACCAACUCUGUGGAGCGCUGGUCCCUGCAGGGUGGGCCCUGGCAUAGCGCCGCCCCGCUACCCAUUCCGCUGGCCUAUCACAGCGUGGUCCGACUGAAGAACCGCCUCUACGUGCUCGGGGGUCGAACUCCACAGUCCUGGCGGAUGGACGACGAGCCAGACCGCUUGAGCAACCGUCUGCUGGAGUACGACCCUGAGACAAACAAGUGGACAGAGCUUGGUCCCAUGAAGUACUCCAAGUACCGCUGUGGUGCUGUGGCACUCAAUGGAGAGAUCUACGUGAUGGGAGGUAUCGGCUGUGAGGGGGUCGAUCAUGGGCAGUCCCGUCGUUGCCUUGAUGCUGUGGAAAUCUACAACCCUGAUGGAAACUUCUGGAGGGAUGGGCCUACUAUGCCUUCACCACAGCUAUCCCUACGCAGCAAUGCCUCCAACGCCGCGGUGGUGGGGGGCAAGCUUUAUGUCUGUGGAUACUACAAGGGGGCGGAUCGUCAUGAAGACAUAAUCAAGGACAUCCUGGAACUAGACCCGUGGGAGAACCGCUGGACCGUUGUGGCCUGCCGCGUUCUGAUGCAUGAUGCCUACGACGUCUGCUUGGUGGCAAGCCUCAAUCCACGGGAGCUCAUGUCUCCCCCGGCAGACCUAGUAACUCAGUGACGUUCACCUGCCCUAAGGUCUAAUCUUCUUAGCUAAGAGUACCUUGGGCUAUAAUUAUGUAUUCUGAAAGAUGAUCAUAUUGAGCAACAAGACCUUUCUUUCUGCUGCUGUGGGCCAGGAGUCAAAAAGCAGUAGUGCUGGCUGAUCCUGGUGGUGCUUGUUGACAGACAUUGCGCAGUUGGUGUUUAAAAGCCCUGACCUGAGUGGGGCACUGCACAAAAUAACACUCUACCCUUGUCUUGAACUGUAUAUGACCUACCGAGUUGCACAUUUAGAAGUAAACAUUGUAUCUGAAUAUCAUACCUUAGUGGGUUUUGUGACACUGAAAUAUAGCUUGUAAAUACAAUUGUUUUGCGAUUUUAUUUUUUAUGUUGCUGUAAAAUGCCUCUGCCUCAUCUUUGGAAUACUGGAAAGAAAACCAGACAGACAGGUCCUUCACAAUCAAGUUAUUUUGUAUCAAUUUUCCAUUUUGCUCUUUACAUUUGUUCAAGAUUAUAUUUUUGUCAUGCAAAUAAGACUUACAUUAAAUUGAGUCUUUGCUCAGGCGUAAA